AUGUCCCAGAACCCUGGUGACCAAGUCCCACCGCCGAUACCAUGGUACACUCAUCCCCGCAACUUUCUAAAGAGCCAUCUAGCCCAUCUAGGUGACCACCUGGGUGGGCAUAUUCAUCCACACCAUACGCCGGAACCAUUGCGGAUAUAUGCAAAUGGAGUUUACUACCCAAAUUGGCGCAUCUAUAAAAAUGAACCUCCAAGUUCCUUAACAUUGGGGUUGAUCUCACAUGUCUUCUACUCCUUCGCUUGGGUAAAGCCGUGUGGAACUGUUUAUCUGAGUGACGAAUGGGCAGAUUCACAAAUCGAUGUCGACGGGACCAAGGGGUGUUUGAGGUCUUUCCAGGAGCUGAAGGCAAAACAUGGGCAUCUGAAGGUCAUUCUUUCAAUUGGAGGAGGGGGGAAAGGAAGUGACAACUUUGCUGCCGUAGCAGCAAGGCAAGAAGCUCGUGAGAAGUUUGCCUCAACAGCGAGGGAACUGGUUGUAGAGUACGGUUUAGACGGAAUAGACAUUGACUGGGAGCAUCCGGCCGAUCUUAAACAAGGCCGAGAUUACAUCUCCCUUCUCGAAUCUAUCCGUCGCUGGCUUCCCGCGCCACAAUACAUCUUGACAUCGGCGCUACCAGCUGGUGAAUGGGCUCUUCAAAACAUUGAUCUUUCGAUUGCUCAUCACUAUCUUGAUUUUAUCAAUUUGAUGUCAUAUGAUUUUUCAGGACCUUGGGUCCCCUCAUCGGGUCACCAAGCCCAGCUCUUCUCACCACGGCGUGCCCAUUGUGAUGCGGCUAAGCUUUCCGCUCAUUCCGCCAUCUCUUAUCUUAGGUCAAAGUCCGUACCAGCUGCAAAAAUUCUCAUGGGCAUUCCCGCAUAUGGCCGUUCAUUUCUGGGCUGCCAUAACAUUGGCCAAAAGUUUUCUGGAUCUGCGGGCGAAGAGGGAACAUUCGAAUACAAGGAUUUGCCAAGACCGGGAGCAACGGAGUACGUGGAUUCGACCUUGGGCGCUGCUUUUUGUGUAGGCGGUGAUGGAGGGUUUAUUACAUACGACAAUCCAGAGACUGCAAAGAUGAAGGCCCAGUACGCGAAGGAGAACGGGUUAGGAGGCGUAUUCUUUUGGACUGGGACUGCAGACGUCAAAGGCCCCAGAAGUUUGAUUGAAGCCACCUUUAGCUGCCUACAUUCGGGCUAA